UCGAAGCCUCUAUAUCAACAACAGAACAGCCAUCAGCGUAUAGAGCUCAGACAGUGCCGUGUUGGUUCCUCUGUUGUGUUUAGUGUGGUAGGAGUUCCACGGGUUACCAAAAAACCCAGUCACGUUCCCAAUGGGAAUGGUCACCCUGAUGGACUUGGUCUGGUCACCAUCAGGAUGAAGCCUGAUGAACAAGGACGCUUUGGCUUUAAUGUCAAGGGUGGUGCUGAUCAAAGAAUGCCAAUAAUUGUUUCUAGAGUGGCCCCAAACACUCCAGCCGACCUGGCCAUUCCACGUCUAAAUGAAGGAGAUCAGGUUCUGUUGAUUAAUGGCCGAGAUGUCUCACAGCACAUGCAUGAGCAGGUUGUGAUGUUCAUAAAGGCAUCCAGGGAGACCCACUCAGGGGAACUAACUCUAGUUGUCAAACCCAAUGUUCAUGCCGGUGAGGACCAGAUAGAUGAGCCUGACUUUAGCUACACACCAGAAACCCACCAGAUUGCUUCAUCAUCAUCUAGUGCCAACACACUUGAAUCAUCCCUCAUGCUCUUGCAGGAGAGUCUGGAGAGUGGAGCUGCCAUAGCCCAGUUUGAACAACUUUAUCGUAAAAAACAUGGGAUGACCUCAAAUGCUGCUCGCCUGGAUACAAAUAUAAACAAAAAUAGAUACAGGGAUAUAUCACCAUAUGAUCAAACAAGAGUCAUCUUAAAAAGUGGAACAUCAGGGGAUUAUAUAAAUGCUAACUAUGUUAAUAUGGAAAUUCCUGGAUCUGGCAUUGUAAACAGAUAUAUAGCUGCCCAGGGGCCUUUACCUAACACCAGCAAUGACUUCUGGCAGAUGAUAUGGGAACAACAUUCAUCGCUGGUGGUCAUGUUGACAGCCAAGGUAGAGAGAGGCAGAGUCAAGUGCCACCAGUACUGGCCCCAGCUGUAUGAAACUGAAGAUUUUGGGGCAUUGCAGAUUACGUGUGUCAAAGAGGAAGACAGCCAUUCCUUCGCUUUUCGGGAGUUUAACUUGACUCAUGUAGAUACUGGAGAGGAGCGACAUAUCAGACACAUGCAGUAUAUUGCCUGGCCGGAUCACGGGGUGCCGGAUGAUCCCAGUGACUUCUUACAUUUUGUUUCUCGUGUUCGACAGAAUAGAGACGGCAUGGUCGAACCUACUGUUGUUCACUGCAGUGCUGGCAUUGGUCGAACAGGAGUGCUAAUUACCAUGGAAACCGCAAUGUGUCUUAUUGAAUCAAAUCAGCCAGUUCAUCCACUCUCAAUUGUACGUCAGAUGAGAGAGCAGCGUGCGAUGCUCAUACAAACCUCUAGUCAGUAUAAAUUUGUAUGUGAGGCAAUACUGAAAGUUUAUCAUGAAGGUCUUGUAAAGCCACACGGAGAUUUCAGGUGA